AUGGAAAUUAAAAAGGCUAUGUUGGAUUUAGGAGCAGAUAUGCAUGAUGACAAUUCACCUAAUCCCUCCCCCAUUUUGCUUGUAUGGCCUUUUAUGUGCACUGCACAAACAAAGAUAGAUGUUAAAACAGGGAAAUUGACUAUGGAGUUCGAAGGUGUAAAGGUUCAUUUCAAUAUUUUUGAUGCAAUGAGAUAUCUUGUGGAGCCUAAUACCUUGUAUUGUGUAGAUGUCCUUACUGAAAAUGUGCAGGAAGUCUUUGACUUGAGUGGAAAGGAUGACUUGGAGGUUGCACUUACAAACUGCUUGGACAUGAAAUCUAUGGAUGAAUUUCCCAUAAGUGGUGCAUUGGAAGAAAUGAUUCUGGCUUUGCAAUAUUUGCCACAUGAACCAUUAAGGUAUGUUGUGGUUAAUUCAGUUUUAGCAAAAUCUGAUAAGGGGCUGUUGCCAUCUGUUGUGCAGGCACCGGCUUUGGAGAUGAAGUCAUUGUCCUCGAACUUGAAAUAUGUUUUUCUAGGAGUUGGAAAGACAUUACCGGUGAUCAUAUCUGCUGCAGUGUCUCCUAGUCAAGAGGAGAAGUUGAUCCGAAUUUUGAGAGAGCACAAAGAAGCCAUUGGGUGCACGUUAGCUGAUAUAAAGGGGAUUAGCCUAUUUCUUUGCACCGACAAGAUUCUUGAUGCCAAGCCAAUAAGGCAAGCUCAAAGGAGGUUGAAUCAUGCUAUGAUGGAAGUCGUAAAGAAAGAGAUCUUGAAGCUCUUGGAUGCUGACAUUAUCUAUCCAAUCUCGGAUAGCCAAUUGGUGAGUCCAAUUCAUGUUGUCCCAAAGAAGGCGGGAGUUACUGUAGAGGCUGACCACGAUGGUUAUUUCCAAAUUGCCAUCGCACUGGAGGAUCAAGAAAAGAUGACAUUCAUAUGUCUUUUUGGCACAUUUGCUUAUAGAAGAAUGCUAUUUGGCUUGUGCAAUGUCCCUGCGGCAUUUCAAUGGUGA